AUGCUCCUCCUUUGCUUCCUCUCUCUCUCCGCUCCGCGCGACGAAGUUUCCUUUGAUUUCGGUUGGCGUUUCACAACCGGGCUCAGCACGCACCCCGCACAGAGCGACGAGCCGCCACCGGCGUCGGCAGACCCGGGUUUGCACCCGGCCGAGGCGCAGACCGGCUACGACGACUCUGGCUGGGCGGAAGUCCAGCUGCCUCACGACGGCCUAAUUGCCGCCGCAGCGUCGUCGGCCGCAUGCCGUGACGGCUGCAGCGGAAAGAGCUACAUCCCGCGACACGUGCUGUGGUACCGCAAGGCGUUCACGCUACCGGCCGAGUGGGCGGGCUCCCUCCUCUUCCUCGACUUUGAGGGCUCCUUCCGCAAGACGACGGCGCACGACUGCGGCUACACGCCCUUCCGCGUGCGACUAGACAACGCAACCUCGCUCCGCCGCCGCCUCGGGAGCGGGGACAGCGCACACACGAUCGCUGUCUUUGUGGACCCGGACAACGGCGACGAGGGCGCACGCUCGCACGGCAGCGGAUGGUGGUACGAGGGCGGCGGCCUCUACCGCUCCGUCGCCCUGCUGCGGGUGCCGCCGCUGCACAUCGAGAGGGACGGCCUCUUCGCCUACUCCAACCUCAGUUGGCGCGCGAGCGGGGGCAUGGAGGAGGAGGGGGAGCAGGAGGGGGAGCAGCCUUCGGGCGGCGUGCUGCACGCGUCGGCGGCCGUCGCCAACGCCGGGUCCUCCGCACAGACGAUCUGUGUCGCCUUCUCCCUCUCCCCGCCCGGCGGUGGGCGUCUCCUCGCCGCCGCGUCGACGGCGGCGGUGUCGGUCCCCCCGGGCGGGCGGGCGACGGUCUCCCUCGCCCUGUCUGUCGCCGAGCCGGAGGUGUGGAGCGCGGCCUCGCCGCACCUGUACACGGUGCACGCCGCCGUGAUGCAAUCCGGCUGCGCCUCCUCCUCCUCCUCCGCCUCCGCCUCCUCCUCCUCCUCCUCCGCCGCCGCCGCCUCGUUGUCGGACGGCGUCGUCGACGCCGUCAGCACGACGCACGGCUUCCGCUCGCUCCGGUAUGACGCCGACGCGGGCUUCUUCCUCAACCAGAGGCAUUUCAAGGUGCGUGGCUUCUGCGACCACAACUCGUUUGCGGUCGUCGGGAUGGCGGUGCCUCCGCGCGUCGACCUCUUCCGCGCGCAGGCGCUGCGCGUCGUCGUGAUGGACGAGAACCGCCUUUUUGCAAACUCGUCCAAGUACGUCGCCAACAUGGGCGCGCUCGUGCGGCGGGACCGCAACCACCCGAGCGUGGUGAUCUGGUCCUUUUGCAAUGAGGCCGGCUGCGAGGGCUGGCGUGAGAGGGGCGGGCCUCGCUUCCAGGAGGUCGCGCACCGGCUGGACGGCUCGCGGCCGACGCUCGCAAACAUGUUCACCUUCGACGACCUUCUCAGCCACACGGUGGACGUGCAGGGCUUCUCGCACCAGUCGCGGCAGAAGCUCGACGCGUGCCACGCGAGGCUGCCCGACAAGCCCAUCUACAUGAGCGAGUGCUGCUCGUGCGAGACGCUGCGCGACAACCCUCACACCGCUUGCACGCAAAAGAGCUUCAACGCGCGCUGUGCCGAGUCCAACACUGCCACCAACGCUUCGGACGGCGCCGCGUACGCCGUCGGCGACAUGGCGUGCGGCACAAUGGUGUGGACGCUGUUCGACUACUACGGCGAGCCGCCAGUCGGGGGCUUCGAGGUCUCCUCCUCGUACGGCCAGUACGACCUCUGCGGCUUCCCAAAGGCGGCGGCGAGCUUGGCGGCGGCGAGCUGGUACCGCACGCAGUGGCUGCUCGGCGUGCCAGACGGCCCCGACAAGCCGUGA